GUGCAAAACGCGUCCAUUGUAAAUGACGUUAAACGCAAUAACUGAGAAGUGUAGGAGAUAGCCUGAUUAGUUAAUACGCGGUGGAUAAAUAAGGUGUCCACCCACUUCAAAAGAUUGAUCUUUACACCGUAUCUGUGACAGCUCACCAGCUAUGAACUGGAACAAGGGGGGUCCGAGUGGCAAGAGAGGCUUUGGUUUCGGAGGAUUCGCUCUUGCGACUGGGAAGAAAGAGGAACCUCCUGUGCCCCCGAAGGCCCACUCCGCAUUUGGCUCGGGACCCUCGAGUGGAUAUGGCAAAAAUCAACAGCUUUCGUCAUUUUACAAAAUAGGAUCAAAACGAGCAAAUUUCGACGAGGAGAAUGCAUAUUUCGAGGAUGAUGAGGAGUCGUCGAGCAGCGCAGAUCUCCCAUAUAUACCAGCUGAAAACUCUCCAACAAGGAAGCAGUUCCAGUCUGGAGGAGGUGGAGGAGGUGGAGGAGGUUCAGAUAGUGAGGAUGAUCCUCUUGAUGCCUUUAUGGCUGAGGUCGAGGACCAAGCAGCAAAGGACAUGAAGAAACUUGAAGAGAAGGAAAAAGAGAAAAAUGCCAAGGGUAUACGGGAUGACAUAGAAGAGGAAGAUGACCAAGAAGCAUAUUUUCGUUAUAUGGCAGAGAACCCAACAGCUGGGCUGACCCAAGAAGACGAAGAGGAAGACGUGGAGUAUGAUAGCGAUGGAAACCCUAUAGCUCCUACUACUAAAAAGAUUAUUCUGCCCCUGCCCCCUAUAGACCAUUCUGAGAUUGACUAUCCUUCGUUUGAGAAAAACUUCUUUAUUGAGCAUGAGGAACUCGCCAGCCUGACUGGGACUGGAGUGGUGGAACUCAGGCAGAAGCUGAACCUGAAGGUGUCAGGCGCAGCUCCACCUAAACCAUCCACUAGUUUUGCCCACUUUGGUUUUGAUGAGCAGCUUAUGAGCCAGAUCCGUAAAUCAGAGUACACUCAACCCACACCCAUUCAGUGCCAGGGGGUUCCUAUAGCUUUGAGUGGCAGAGACAUGAUUGGCAUUGCCAAAACUGGCAGUGGAAAGACGGCAGCUUUCAUUUGGCCAAUGCUGGUGCACAUCAUGGACCAGAAGGAGUUGGAACAGGGAGAGGGACCCAUUGCGGUCAUUGUUUGCCCCACUAGAGAACUUUGUCAACAGAUCCAUUCUGAAUGCAAGCGCUUUGGGAAGGUCUAUGGCCUCCGCUCAGUGGCAGUGUAUGGAGGCGGCAGCAUGUGGGAGCAAGCCAAAGCUCUACAGGAAGGAACUGAAAUUGUUGUCUGCACCCCGGGUCGUCUAAUCGAUCAUGUAAAGAAGAAGGCUACAUCUCUGCAGCGAGUUACCUACCUGGUAUUUGAUGAAGCUGAUCGGAUGUUCGACAUGGGGUUUGAAUAUCAAGUGAGAUCCAUCGCCAGCCAUGUCAGACCUGACAGACAAACUCUGUUAUUCAGUGCAACAUUUCGGAAAAAAAUUGAAAGGCUGGCACGAGAUAUUUUGGUCGACCCGAUCCGUGUUGUGCAAGGAGACAUUGGAGAGGCCAAUGAAGACGUUACUCAGAUAGUGGAGGUUCUACAGACUGGGCAGGAGAAAUGGGGAUGGCUGACACGCAGGCUUGUGGAGUUCACCUCCUCUGGUUCUGUGCUGAUUUUUGUCACUAAAAAGGCCAACUGUGUUGAGCUGUCCACAAAUUUGACCCAGGAAGGUUACAGUCUGGGGCUGCUUCACGGAGACAUGGAUCAGAGCGAGAGGAACAAGGUCAUAGCGGACUUCAAGAAGAAGAGCCUACCAGUCUUGGUAGCUACUGAUGUAGCCGCUCGCGGUUUGGAUAUCCCGUCUAUCCGUACUGUUGUAAACUAUGAUGUGUCACGGGACAUCGACACACACACACAUCGAAUAGGUAGAACAGGUCGUGCGGGAGAGAAGGGUGUGGCGUACACUCUCCUCACCAACAAAGACACUUCAUUUGCUGGUGACCUGGUUCGCAAUCUGGAGGGAGCCAAUCAGAGUGUUUCGAAGGACCUGCUUGAUCUGGCAAUGCAGAGUCCUUGGUUCAGAAAAUCCCGCUUCAAGGGAGGGAAUGGAAAAAAGCUAAACAUUGGAGGUGGUGGUCUCGGGUACAGAGAGAGACCUGGCCUUGGGUCCGAUACCAGUGAACGCAGUGGUAGUGGUGGUGCUCUUGGUAACUAUGAAGCUUACAAGCCCUCCACUGGCGCAAUGGGAGACCGCAUGUCUGCCAUGAAGCAAGCAUUUCAGAGUCAGUACAAAAAUCACUUUGUGGCAGCAUCUGGUGUACCUCCCAAACUCACCACAAAGUCCAGCAGUUCCUCUGGGUGGACCAGUGCAGGAAGCCUGAGUUCUGUGCCUUCGGGAGCACCCGAGGGGCCUGACAGACCCCACGUUCCCUCCCCACCUUCAUCAUCUUCUUCCUUUUCCUCUAUGCUGCCACCCCCUGCCCUUAGCUCAGGCACUAAGAUGAGUGGAUUCAGCAGCGCCGGCUCCUUGACCUCUGUAACAGACACUUACUCCAGCUCUUCUUCCAGAGAGGGGCACCGGAGCGAGAGGAAUGCUGAAGAAAGGGGUCGUCAUGGUGAUAGUCAUUAUCGUCAUGGUGACAGGCACAGUGGGGACCGGGACCGUGAUCGUUAUGGGGAAAGGGACCGUCAUAGUGAUAGUCACAGAGAUCGCCAUGGCGAUAGUCGAAACGGUGAAGGAGGUCAUAGGGACAGAGAGGGACGCUCAGAAAGAGAUGUGGCAGAUAGGUCUCAUAAAGACAGCUUUGCAGUUCCUGAUCCCCCAAAACGUAAGAAAAGUAGAUGGGACAAUUAAGGGCUAGUGUACAGAAAGCAAUCAGCUGUUCUCAGAUCAGAAUAUAUAGCUGAGUCAAUCACCCAACCAUUCGUCUGCGAGGUAAAGCCACACUCUUGUCAUGUAAUAAAUCCAUUUUGAGGUUGUUUUAGGCAUUUAGAGCUGUAAGAUGUGUAAUAGAUAACAUCGUCAAACAGGGCCCAACCAUGCAAAUGUUGUGUUAAAAUGCAGAUUUGUCACUCUUUGUUGUUCUGAAAAGAAAAACCGGAUAAGAAAAUGUUGACUUGCUGUGUUUCAUAAAGAACAAAAAACAAAAUUUUACUUUGAGAACUUGUUCGUGCUCUACUUUGCAAAUGUAUUUGUGAACCAUCUAUUUUAUGACUAAGAUUCUCCAGUGUAUUUUAAAACUAAACAUGAUUCGAUGACCAUGGUUUCUUUUGUUCCUUUAUUUUUUAUAUUCAUCUGUAGUCUUGUGUUAUUUGUAUUGUUUGUUUGCGUUUAAUAGUUUGAAUUCAAACAUUUUAGAAGGUGAUUGACAUUACUUGUUAUAGGAAUUCAUAAAGUGUCUCAUGAGA